CCUGCCGGCGAGGUCAAUUGAAUUCUCUCGUUAGCUUACUCAAAAGCGAUUUCUAUAGUUACGGAUGAAAAAAAUAUAAGACGGCAAGCGCUUAUAAUUGUCCUGAUUUGGUAUAACAUCACUAGGCGCUAAUAGAUUAUUCUACUGCGAACAGUGAUUUGAAAAUAAUUAAUCCAAAAAAAGGAGAUCAUUUGUGAAAUACAGGCGAUGGGUGAUCGGAAAACAAGGGGAAGAGGAGAACCGCACAAGAAUAACGAACAACCAAGAUUAGGCGAAGCCAUUGAGGUAUAAAAUGACCGGAAUUUGCAUAGUUAUGGUCAGCCCUCCCUCUGCAUCAAAAUCCCAUCCAAACAGAGAAACAAUAAAGGCAAGGAAUCACUAAGCGGCAAUGGCGAAGUCCGGCGCCAUCCUCAUCCUUGCCUCUGCCCUUUGCUUGAUCUCCCUAUUGAAUCUGGCCGAGUGCCACGAUCAGUUCUUCGUGGAGGGUUCCGUCUACUGCGACACUUGCCGGACUCAAUUCAUGACCCGCCUCAGCCGCUUCGUCGCCGGAGCGACGGUGAGGUUGGAAUGCAAGGAAGCAGAGAGCGGGAAGGUGACGCUGAGCAAAGAGGCAGUUACAGACGGUUCGGGUGGAUACAGUGUGGAGAUUGAAGGAGAUCGCGAAGACGAAUCGUGCGAGGUGGUUCUUGUGAAGAGCAGCGAUCCUGAGUGUUCUGAGAUUGAUGCAUCGUCUUUCGGGACUCAGGCGGCUAAGGUCAGCGUCACCCGCAACAACGGCAUCGUUUCGCCGGUUCGCUCGGCCAACCCUCUCGGCUUCCUCCGCAACCAACCUCUUCCUGAAUGCGGCGCCGUUUUGCAGGAGCUUCACCUUGCCGCCGACCCCCUCAGUGAUGACGACCCGCUCGACUGAGAUUAAUUACCUCCUUGGUUUAAUUCAAUUAUUAAUCCCUCUUUCCCCCCCACUAAUCACUCCAAGAGGGGGGGCUCUAAUUCUUCAUUCUCAUAUCUUACUUCAUAUGUAUGGGAUUCAAGAUCCCGAUUAUGAACGCAAUUAAUCUUUGUGCCAAUCAACAAUCAAAAGGGAUUUUCACUUGUGUGAAUGAACC